AUGACUUCUUUAAGAUCCAGCUCACUGUGUUUUAAAACAGUCAGGCAUGUGGUAUGCACAGUAGAGCACGAGGGAAAGUGGCAGCAAUUUUUCAGAGGAACACAGCACAUCUGGAUUGAGAUCCCAUUCAGACGAGGUGCAUAUAGCUUUUCUGUGUCCGAUAGCCUUGAAGGAAAAAAGGAAGUAAGAAGUGACUCCCUCUACCAAAUGGAGCCAGAAAUCCCAGGACCAACACCUUCAGCUUUUCCCACCAAUCUCACAAAUCAUACCCAGUGUCCUGAAUCAGAGGCAUGGGACUGGUUGUACACCAUGCAGCCAAUAUACAUGUUUGUCAUCUGCGUGUUAGGAAUCCUGGGAAAUGUCUUUGUCCUGCUUGUGUUUUGCCUCCACAAGAAAGCCUGCUCUGUGGCAGAGAUAUACCUGGGUAACCUGGCUGCAGCUGACCUCCUUCUGACAUCUUGUCUACCUUUCUGGGCCAUCAAUGUGGCCAGUGGUUUCGAGUGGCAGUUUGGCUCACUGAUGUGUCAACUGGUAAACACGGGCAUCAAAAUGAACAUGUACUGCAGUGUCUACUUCCUGGUACUGGUGAGCGCUGACCGCUACCUGGCUCUAGGGUUUGCGCUGACUUAUGGCAGAAUGCGGCGACCCUGGUAUGCCAAGCUGAGCUGCUUGGCUGUGUGGAUUCUGGGAAUCAUCCUGAGUGUCCCAACUCUUCACUUCAGGGAGGUAAAGUACAUGUCAGAAUACUCAAUCACUGCCUGCAUACUGAUCUACCCCAGCCACACGGUGGAAUUGGCCUGCGACAUCCUGCUUGUCCUGCUGGGCUUCAUCCUCCCUGUGACCGUCAUUUCCUACUGCACGUGCAAGAUCAUACAAGCAUUGCACUGGCAAGUAAUGGAAAGGUUCAAUGCAGUAAAUAAAGAGAGGAAAGCCACAGUGCUGGUGCUGGUUGUUCUUCUUGCUUUUCUGCUGUGUUGGGUUCCUUUUCACCUGGUAACCAUUUUGGAUAUCCUGAGGAGACUUAAGGUAAUAAGUGGGUGUGGACUGGAAAAUGUCCUGGAUAUCUGUAACCAGGUAUUCACAUAUUUGGCACUGGGCAACAGCGUGCUCAAUCCAAUCCUUUAUGUGAUAGUUGGCAAAAACUUUAGAAAGAAAGUGAAGGAGCUCCAGUCAUCAACACGGAAAACAUUUGCAUGAUAAAAAAAGUAAACAAUUUAAGUUAUUAAACAGAUGAAAUAA